ACCACCCACAGGACCCUUAGCACAACCCCCCGCCGUCUCCUAAAAGAAGACGCCGACCGCACCCCCGAGCAAGCCGAAGCAGCCAAGCAGUCGCAGCUCGAGAAGCAGAAGCGCGGACAGGGCCAUUGGCACGAAGAGCUGGCCAGCGCGGGCGAGUCCAGCGUCAAGGCCGACCAAGACGCGCACAAGGUCAGCGAUCACAAGCAGCACAUGCAGGAGCUGCAGCGGGCGGGCAAGGAGAAGGGCGAGAAGGGAGAGUUGUAA